UCCAGUUGAAGGAUUUCUCACAGCAGGAUAUUUGGAGGAUUGAGCCACUCAAUCAUUAUGGCGUCACCACUAAUGCUGGUGUUUUUAAGUGCUCUCCCUGGGGUCCUUUGCUACUAUUCCUCAUUCGUUGACUUGGAAGCUCAAGGAAGUAACCAGUCAUCCAUUAGGUUCCUGGUGUUGGGGGACUGGGGUGGACUACCUUAUCCUCCAUAUGUGACGCCCAUAGAGACCGCUACAGCCCGCAUGAUGGCCAAAACUGCUUCUCAGAUGGGUGCGGACUUCAUUUUGGCUCUCGGUGACAACUUCUACUACAAGGGCGUCACUGAUGUUAAUGACCCUAGAUUCCAGGAGACCUUUGAAGACAUCUACACACAAGAUUCUCUUAACAUUCCUUGGUACGUCAUUGCUGGCAAUCACGACCAUGUAGGAAACGUCAAAGCACAAAUUGAGUACAGCCAGAGGUCAAAGAGAUGGAACUUCCCUUACUACUAUUAUGAGAUGAACUUUCGCAUUCCUCGAACAGACAGUACUCUGACGAUCAUCAUGCUGGACACAGUGUUGCUGUGUGGCAACUCUGACGACUUUCUUGAUCAGCAGCCUCAAGCUCCACGAUGUGGCGUACUGGCCAACCGGCAGCUGCUGUGGCUUCAGGAACGCUUGGCAAAGUCCAAAGCUGAUUAUCUCCUGGUGGCAGGCCAUUAUCCAGUGUGGUCCAUAUCUGAGCAUGGGCCAACUGACUGCCUGCUGAAGAAUUUAAGGCCGUUGCUUAAGAAGUACAAGGCCACGGCGUACCUUUGUGGCCAUGAUCACAACCUACAAUACAUCAAGGAGUCUGGUAUUGGUUAUGUGGUUAGUGGAGCUGGUAACUUUAUGGAUCCUGAUGUGCGCCAUCGCAACCGGGUUCCCAAAGGCUACCUAAAGUUCUUCAAUGGCGACGCCACCACAUUGGGUGGUUUUGCCCAUGUAGAGGUUGAUAAGAAACAGAUGACCAUUACCUUUAUCCAGUCUAGAGGAACCUCCUUGUACCAGGCUGUUCUUAAGAAGCGUGACGAUCUUGAGGAUGACAACUUUUGAAGUUUAGUUUUAAUGUGACUUUGGGGAUAUAGACCCUGGUCUUUUAGCUUCUUACGAAUUGAAAACUUGCUCAAGAUUUGUUUUAAAAAAAAAAAGUGCAGUUUUACAAUCCUUUUAUUUAAAGACUUAAGUUUAAUGAAUUGUUUUA